AUGCACUUUCUCAGCUUACUGGUUUCCUUGACACUCACCCAGGGGACAGUGCUGAAGAAGAGAGUUCUGGAAAAUGUGGUUAACACGUUUGUUGGCGAGUUCCCGAAGGACAUUUACAAAGCAGAGUUUUCCUUCAUCCUGGUUCUCCCUGCCUCAGAAUGUGUGGGGGACAGACCCCCAGAAAUCCUGGCCACCGUCAACUCCGGACACAGGAGCCGAAGCAUGAGAAAGGGGCCCACGUUUAGCGAUACAACGGCUGACUUUUUGGAUCCGUCAAACCACAUGGCCCUGUACCCCGAGCUGGACGGGAGCUGCCCAGAAGAGUAUCUCCUGAACAAUCCCACCAGGAGCUGGUUCUCUGCACAGAAAGGUGUGUCCUCCCGUCUGCCGGAUGACAGCUCAGGCUGUGUAGUGUUCUUCACCCGACAUGCGCCCUGCGAGGGCUCGUGCCUUAACAGCCACGUGAUCGAGCUGCUGGCAGACACCCCUUUCUCAGACCACUGGACGGAGAGUCAUGGGAUCCACAAAUACUUUGUGUUCACGAGUGAGUUUGGGGAAGGGCGGGAUGGGAGAUGCAGUGGGAGGAGCCUAUUGCCGCAGCUGACUGCGUCUGCUGGGGAGACAACUUCACCUUUCAGUCCCUGGAACUGCACCAGAACUGGCAAAGAGUACAAGUGUGAAGACUGA